UAUUGGUUUUUUUGAAAUGUACAAAAAUAUAUUUUUAAAAUAUGUGUAUUUAGGUGUUGUCUAUUUUAUUAUAUGGUUCAACGUCCAAAUUCUAAACUGCAAUAAUUCUCUCACGCUUUGUCAAAACUUUGUGAGUAUCAAGGCGCAUUUUAAAGCAAUGUAUUUUGUAUGGGUUUUCACCGUUUACACUAUAAUAAUUAUUAACGGUGUUCGUUCUAAUGAAGAUUUAAAACAAUUUAUUGCAAUGGCGAAACGUGUAGACCGAGGCUAUUACAGUGGGCCUUUUCAAUUGGAAUCGUUUGACACAUUGAAUAAGUGCAAACAAGAAUUGUUCAGAGAACUGUGGUGCAGCUACGCUGUGAUCGCUACCAUCCAUAUGCAAUUGACAAAGACGUUGCUGUUGGACUUCAGCUAUCAACACCGUCUAACAGCUGAAGAAAGAACUAGUGUUUUAUUUACACUGGAAGCCAAUAAAAUAUUAUCCGUUAUGUACAACGACCACCACCGCCAAGAAGAUGAUAGCCGAAACGCCAUCGGAGAAGUUAUGUGGAUAUUUCUCAUGUACGCUGAACUGGUACAGCACCUUUUCUCGAUAGACAUCAGUCGUCCAGAAGAAACCAAUAAGACUGUGUUGAAAACUCACGAAGUCGUAGUGAAUAUGCUCGAAGAGUUCAUAAAAUCGCAUUGUUGCAAAGUGUUCGAUCCGGUUACUAAUCAAUCGUCCAAUAUCAAAAUAAUCAUACACACGGAUACAAACUUAAAACGGUUGAUAAAAGUCGUGUGCCAAAACAAAGAACUGGUAAACAGACAGUUGGAACAUAACCGCAUGAUAGACGUGCGAUUUGACUGGGCACAAAGCCAUUUCACUGGUGAACAUAUGCUCUUGUCUCGUUUAUUGGAUCACAGCAAUAGCGACAGAAUUAAAGACAUUGAAAAAUUUGGUGUUCAGUUGGACUUGAUUGCCAUAGGGAAAACACUCAGCCACUAUUAUCGAAUGGGCACAAACGUCUGCAACCAUUUGCACGCUCGCAUAAGAUGGAUAAUUUUGUUUCAGAAACAUUUCUUGACCUUUAUGAAAGCCGUGGCCAUUCGGACGGUCGUUGGAUACUUGUCUAACAUGAAGCGAAUGGAUGACGCAAAGCUAAAACGUUUUGUUGCAGAUACUAAUAACAAUGACCUUUGCAAAUAUUACAAUACAGAAAUGGUGGAGCAGUUGAAUUCGUUUGCAGAGUAUUUGCAUCUAACCGACGACCAUCGCUUGGGUUUGGCAAUCGGCGUGCUGUCCAGUCCAUCUUCACAUUUUUCUGAUGGCAUUUUCAUCGACUUGUAUGUAAGUCAAUUGUCAGCAUCAUUGAAAGAGAUUUCGUCAGAAGAAAUGCCAUUUGACCAACCGAUGCAAGUAGUCGAUCAAGUAAACAGCAACGGCCGGACAAUGGAGGAUGUUGGUUCUAUCAUUAGCAAGUAUGGACUUCCCAGACCGGCUGAUGAAAACACCGAAUUUAAUACAAUUGCUUAUCGGAUUAAUGGUUCACCCUGUGCGAUGGACAAAAAAUUAUGUGUUUUGGCUGAAAAAAACGGACGGUAUACAGGGGCCUUAAUAACAGUUUAAGUUUUUAGUUCAAUAUUAUUUUUCUUAAAAAACCUUAAUUUGUAUUUAAGCAUCAAUCAAAAAGUAUCUUAAUGAUUAAAUGACAAUUUAAACUAUCCCC